GACCAGUCGAAAAUCUCACCAUUCACUGUGACAUUUCCGGGGGAUCUCCUCAUAGCGGCACAGACCCGCCUCGCUUCGUGAUUACCUGUUUCGACCCAUUUACGGAUCAGGCAGGGCAAUAGGCUGACUGAGCGCACGCACAGUCAACAGCCAAAGAUGCACCCAAGCAAACGAACAUAACACUUUUGUCGUGUAUCCGUUGACGUGUCUAAAUCCAGGUCCUUGAGAGACUUUGCAUCAUUCUCUCCUCGCUGGCCAUACUUACAAACAAUACAAUAACGAUAGCGACAUGGUGACGGCUCGCAGACCCAAAAAUCGCACGUCUGCUUGAUUGGACUUCGUCCCAGAGGUAACCCGCCUAUAUACUUCAUACCAACCGGCGCAAGUCACAGUUGCCAGUUGCCGUUCAGUACCACCACCACGGCUUCGGGUCCCGUCCCUUUGGGAAAAAAAGAAAAAAAGAAGAAAAAAACAGCAGAUCGGUCCCACAUCCGGCCAGAUGGCGCCGUCCGGCAAGAACAGCACCGGUAGCUCAGCUCCGAUAAGUCUGAGAAGCUCACCUCGCCGGGUCCGCCUGCUGCUGACGCUGACCGCCUCCCUCUGCGUUCUUUACUUUUUUCUCCUGCCUUCCGACCCUCAAAGCUUUCAGGGCAUCGACAACAAGCGAUACCCUGCCUCCUCGCGCGAGAGCGGCAACAGCCAUCCCACUGGGGCUUUUGCUGAUGGUGAAAUUCUCAAGUUUGUCGACCCCUUGAUCGGGACUGUUAACGGCGGCCAUGUCUUCCCUGGGGCCACUCUCCCCUACGGCAUGGUCAAGGCUGUGGCCGACACGAAUAGCCACGCAGAAAAUGCAGCAGGAUUCGUGAGCGACGACAGCAGAGUCACUGGGUUUUCGCACCUUCACGACUCAGGCACAGGAGGAAACCCUUCGCUGGGCAACUUCCCCCUGUGGAUCCAUCCAGGCUGUCCCGGCGACGACUUCACCAAGUGCAGCUUUCCCGCGAGCAGCCGCGGCGUGGGCCGCGUCAACGGCUCGGCCCGCGCCACGCCCGGCUACUUCUCCAUCGAGCUGGAGAACUCGGUCCGGGCCGAGAUGACGACCACGGAGCGCGCGGCUCUGUACCGCUUCUCGUUUCCGGACGGCGGCAUCGGCGGCAGUAAGCGCUGGUCGAUCACGCCAGAUGGCAAGCGCGUCGCCGUGCCCUUCAGCCCGCUCAUCCUCCUCGACAUGGUCGACCUGGGCAACAGCCGCACCGGGGGCGGCACGCAGGUGUACGCGGAUGAGGGCUCGUCGGCGGCGCGCAUGGUCGGCGACGGCAAGUUCUUGCCGUCGUUUGGCACCGGCAACUACCGCGCCUACGUGUGCGCCGACGUGCGCGGGGCCAAGAUCCGGAGGUACGGCACCUUCCAAGGCCCUGAUUCGGCCGAGGAGCCCAAAUUUAUCGACUCGAUAUACUCGGGAGGCUCGGCCGGCUCGUGGGUGCAGUUCGAUCCGCCUACUGCCGGAGGGGCGAUUGUUGCGCGCGUCGGCGUGUCCUUCAUGUCGGUCGACCAGGCGUGCGCAAACGCCGAGGCUGAGAUACCGACCUUUGAUUUCGACGGGACCUUUCGCGCGGCGCAGGACUCGUGGCGGGAGAAGCUCUCCGUCGUCGAGGUGGACGCGACCGGGGUGGGCGAGGACAUGCAGACGACUUUUUGGUCUGGUCUGUACCGCAGCCUGAUCUCGCCGCAGAACUACACGGGCGAGAACCCGCUGUGGGACAGCUCCGAGCCUUACUAUGACUCUUUUUAUUGCAUAUGGGACUCGUUCCGAGCACAGCACCCGUUGCUGACCAUCAUCGAUCCGAUCGCGCAGACGGAAAUGGUGCGCGCACUGCUGGACAUUUACCGGAACGUGGGAAAGCUGCCCGACUGCCGCAUGAGCUUUUCCAAGGGUUUCAGCCAGGGCGGCUCCAAUGCCGAUGUAGUCAUCGUCGAUGCAUAUGUCAAAAAGCUCCGCGAAGACAUUGACUGGGCCACAGCUUACGAAGCCGUUGUCUCCGACGCCGAGGACGAGCCUCAGUCGUGGGGCGUCGAGGGCCGCGGGAACCUGGAGUCGUACCACCGGCUAGGCUACAUACCAGUGGACGACGUCGACAAGAACGGCACCGGGCCGUCCAGCAGGCAGAUCUCGCGGCUGGUCGAGUACGCAUACGAAGACUUUUGCAUUUCACUCCUAGCCAAGGCCCUCGGCCACAGCGAAGACGCAGAAAAGUACCACAAGCGCGGCGGGAACUGGAAGAACAUUUGGCGUGAGGAGCAGGCCGACAUCAUGCGUGAGGUGCAUGCGGGCGAACUAACCCUCAGCCCCUUCACGGGCUUCAUGCAGCCCAAGACGCUCGACGGCUCGUGGAAGUACCACAACGUGCGGCUGUGCAGCCCCAAGACGGCCUUUCACUCAUGCUACUUUGACACGCGCCAUUCGACCUACGAGGGCAGCUCGUGGCUGUACAGCUUCUUCGUGCCGCAGGACAUGGCCGAGCUGAUUCAGCGCAUGGGCGGGCCCCAGACCUUUGUCAAGCGUCUCGAGUACUGGCACGAGGAGGUGGCGUACAUGGGCAACGAGCAGGCCUUCCUGCCCGUGUUCCAGUUCCACUACGGCGGCCGGCCCGACCUGAGCUCGUACUGGGCCCAUCGCUACAUCCCGAGCCAGUUCAACGCGAGUAUUAACGGCAUCCCUGGCAACGACGACAGCUCCAUGGGUGCCUUUGCUGCCAUGGUUUUUAUGGGCUUCUUCCCCGUCGCCGGGCAAGACGUCUACCUGAUCACACCCCCUUUCUUCCGCGAGGUGAGGAUCCAGGCGACCGGCCCCGAGGCCAAGCGGGCCGGGCGCAAAGCGAUUAUUCGGGUCCGCAACUUCGACCCGACGUAUGAGAAGAAAUACAUUGAGAGUGCGACCCUGAAUGGGCAGGCUUAUACCAAAAAUUGGAUCACGCACGACUUCUUUCGUGAAGGAGGUUUGCUGGAGCUUACGGUGAGCCAGAGGCCGGUGAGUACUUGGGGAACGGGCAAAGACGACUUGCCGCCCAGUUAUCCCGUGGGUGAGCGUGAUGAUAUCACCGACCCUUCGCUGAUACCGAGGACGGAGGUUCCUGCUAAAGGAGGACAAUCUUUGCCACAUCAAGAACAUUAGAUUUUAACUUCAGCAUACGCAGAUAAGCCAAUACAUAUAGAUGUUAUUAGGCGCACAAGUGGCAAAGCAGACCAGGGAUUAUCACACAUAGACAAGACAUACUGAAUUUUCUACUUGAACAGAAUCGAAAUCCAGGUAUGGCUUAAUGAGACAGGUGGUAGCUUCGUGCUGUCGACAGCAUUACAGAUUAGUCUGUAGCAUCUGUGGCUUCUCCAUUGGCAUUAUCGUCAUCCUCGUCGUCAUCAUCAUCUCCAUCUUCCGGCAUCACAAUGGAGUUGAGAUGCGCAAUCUGUAAAGUAGCAUAAUAAGUAUGAGCGACUGGCCAGGAAUGACAAAAGCGGUACGAGGUAAUACUCACAUAUCCAACCAUAUCACG